AUGGCCACAAGGACCAUCGGAUUAUCGCUAAAUCCCGAGCUGGCCAAGCGGGAGCGAGCUGAGCAUGCCACAAGCAUAGAGUUGCGAGGGCCGUUGAUGCUGACCGGUACUCGCGAGACUCCAACCACCACCACCACAUCACCCUGGCCGGUGGGGCGCGCUAAGGCCAACGAGGCAGUGUUAGCGCGGCCGGUGGUGUUAGUAGUGUUACACCUGAAACGGGCCACAAUCAGCAGCAUCUACGGUGUAACUAAUUCUCGACGAUUCUAUUCCCUGGCUCCCCAAGGGAUCCGAGAAUCUAACAGAAUUCUUUCCACAGUGGCGCUAUGCCCCUUUUCAUGGAACGGGAAUAGGCGGAUGUCGGAGAGCCGGACCUAUUCCGAGGAUUACACAAGGCCUGAGGCAGUGAAGCAAGUGAAAGCGAUGAUUCUGCUCGUGUCUAAUUCCCUAACUUCCAGUCUACUCAAGGACAAGGUCAAGAAGGGCCAGAUUAUGAUUGGAUAG